CAUAUCGGAAGUGGGCGGGUGAGGUCCCUCAAAGCGCAUUCGCGACUGGUUGCAGUCACGAGCGCUCUCUGCUCCGAUGAGCGGGGACAACGCCCGCGGACUAGGCAUGAAGGCGGCGAGUGUGGUGGUGUCAGCGGCGUCUGCUCCUGCAAUGGAGCCGGGCCCCUCCGUGUCCCCGGGGCCAUCGCGCUCCUUCAAAGAGGAGCUGCUGUGCGCCGUGUGCUACGACCCGUUCCGCGACGCGGUGACGCUGCGCUGUGGCCACAACUUCUGCCGCCGGUGUGUGAGCGGCUGCUGGGAGGUGCAGACGACGCCCUCGUGCCCAGUGUGCAAAGAACGAGCGGCGCCCGGGGAGCUGCGCACCAACCACACGCUCAACAACCUGGUGGAGACCCUGCUCCGCGAGGAGGCCGAGGGCGCGCGCUGGACCGGUCGCCGGUCCCCUCGCCCCUGCCGCGCGCACCGUGCCCCUCUUACGCUCUUCUGCCUGGAGGACAAGGAGCUGCUGUGUUGUGCCUGCCAGGCGGACGCUCGGCACCAGGAGCAUCGAGUGCAGCCCAUCAAGGACACUGCGCAGGACUUCAGGGCCAAGUGUAAGAACAUGGAGCAUGUGCUACGAGAGAAAGCCAAGGCCUUCUGGGCCCUGAGGCGCACCUACGAGGCCAUUGCGAAGCACAAUGAGGUACAGACGACUUGGCUGGAAGGCCGCAUCCGGGAUGAAUUUGACAAGCUCCGAGAUUUCCUGAGGGUGGAGGAACAGGCCACCUUGGAUGCCAUGAAGGAGGAGAGCAGAAAGAAGCACCUGUUGGCUGAGGAGAAGAUGAAGCAGCUGGCAGAGCAGACCGAGGCGCUGGCUCGUGAGAUUGAGCGGCUGCAGAUGGAGAUGAAGGAAGAUGACAUGACCUUCCUCAUGAAACACAAGAGCCGAAAACGCCGACUCUUCUGCACCGUGGAGCCAGCUCCUCUCCAGCCUGGCUUGCUUAUGGAUGCCUGCAAGUACCUGGAGUCUCUGCAGUACCGCGUCUGGAAGAAGAUGCUGGGGUCGGUUGAAUCUGUGCCCUUCAGCUUGGAUCCCAACACAGCUGCCGGCUGGCUCAAAGUGGCUGAUGACCUCACAAGUGUCAUCAACCAUGGCUACCGAGUGCAGGUGGAGAAUCCAGAGCGUUUCUCCUCGGCACCCUGCCUCCUGGGCUCGCAAGUUUUCUCGAAGGGCUCCCACUCUUGGGAGGUGGAUGUGGGUGGCCUGCCGAGCUGGCGGGUGGGUGUGGUGCGGGUGCAGGCCCAUGCACAGGCGCAGGCGCAGGCUGAUGUAGGUGGCGAAGGCCACUCACACAGCUGCUACCAUGACACGCGGUCAGGCUUCUGGUACCUAUGCCGCACGCAGGGUGUGGAUGGAGACCACUGCAUGACUUCAGACACGGCCACAGCCCCUCUGGUCCAGGCCAUGCCGCGCCGUCUCCGUGUGGAGCUGGAGUGUGAGGAAGGGGAGCUGUCCUUCUAUGACUCUGAGCGCCACUGCCACCUGUACACCUUCCAUGCCCACUUCGGGGAGGUGAGGCCCUACUUCUACCUGGGAGCUUCUCGGGGCGAUGGGCCCCCAGAGCCUAUGCGUAUCUGCCACCUGCGUGUCUCCAUCAAGGAAGAGCUGGACCUCUAAGCUGCCGGAGUCGGCCGGACACUGGGCGGUGGGCCUGUUUUGUCCCAGCGUCUCUUUCUGUAGCCCACCACUGACGCUCACGCAGCGUCCUUUUAUCCUGUCUUGUCUUUUCUGUAGCUCCAGGUGCUCCUGUGCCUCUCUCUGGCUUUGGUUUUGGUCCUUUUUCUGCCCCCAGGUUAAGAGCCACCCAGGAGAUGCUUGGCUGAGCCUUGGCUCCCACUAGAGUCAUGGCACAUUCAGGAUAUGGGUUUCCCUGAUUCCCUUUGCCCUAGAAUUGCUGGUGAUAAUGUUUUCUUGUAGAGUGGACAUUAUAAUGUAGGUGUGACUAUUCUUAGAGACGAUUUAGGCCAGCCUAUCAGGAGAGGCUUCUUGUUUGAGUCAGUUUGUCAUUUGUUUCCCAGGGAGAGGGCCUUAUUAGGCCACACAGGGUAGCCCCAGGAUUGGUUGAGAUAGGAGGGUGCAGAGCCUGCACCCAGGCUUUCCCACCCCAGUAGGACAAGCUAGAGAGUUGGUCUGAGGCCCCAGGAGUUUCCCCCCAGUUUGUCCAGCACUGACUGUGGGAACUCCAUAAGGUGCGGGUGACCUGGAAUACAGCUCAGAGUGCAGCCAGUGAGACGACAGCUGACGCUGGGCUGGGGCAGGAGCCUGAGGUCUGCUGCUCAUUCUGGGACAACGCUUUCUGAUGGCAUGGGAGUAGCCCUGAUUGGUCAGUUCGUGCUUUGACAGUUUCCUCUGAAACCAUCCAAGGAUACUUUAAAAAAACAUUUUUGUUUUUAAACUGUUUCUGCCCACUUUCUGGGCCUCAUUUUCAAUGUCUGUGAAUUGACAGUAGUCCUUGGAAGCCACAGAAGGAGAUAUGAAAAGAGGCCUCAGAGGGGAUGGUGUUUCAGUUAGAACUGUUGGUCU